AUGGCGAGCACCGAGGCGAGAAGGGAGUGUGAGACAGACGGCUGCAGCAAGGACGCCAAACUUCAGUGUCCCACAUGUAUAAAGCUUGGUAUUCAAGGCUCCUAUUUCUGUUCACAGGAAUGUUUCAAAGGGAGCUGGGUAUCUCACAAGCUGCUGCACAAAAAAGCAAAGGAAGACAAGAACCAGAAUGAGUCCAAGAACUGUGUGGAGAACGACAUCAACACAGACCCAUGGCCUGGCUACCGCUACACAGGAAAACUACGCCCUUACUACCCACUGACCCCCAUGAGGCCCGUGUCCGGGGACAUCCAAAGACCUGACUAUGCUGAUCAUCCCAGAGGAAUGUCUGAGUCCGAGCAGUUCCUGAAGGGGACGUCACAGAUCAAGAUCCUUUGUCCCGAAGACAUCGAGAGCAUGAGAGUGGUGUGCAAGCUGGCACGAGAAGUCCUAGACAUCGCAGCCAAGAUGGUGAAAACGGGGAUUACUACAGAAGAAAUCGACCACGCUGUGCAUCUGGCUUGUAUAGAAAGGAACUGCUACCCCUCUCCUCUAAACUACUACAACUUCCCCAAAUCCUGCUGCACGUCUGUCAACGAGGUCAUCUGCCACGGCAUACCGGACAGAAGACUACUACAAGACGGAGAUAUUCUCAACGUGGACAUCACAGUCUACCACAACGGUUUCCACGGCGACCUUAACGAAACCUUCUACGUCGGAGAUGUGGAGGAAGGAGCGAAGAAGCUGGUUGAGACCACAUACGAAUGCCUUAUGCAAGCCAUCGACUCUGUGAAACCUGGCGUCCGCUACAGAGAACUAGGUAACAUCAUCCAGAAGCACGCACAGGCCAACGGUUUCUCUGUGGUGCGGAGCUACUGCGGACACGGCAUCCACAGACUGUUCCACACCGCUCCCAACGUGCCACAUUAUGCCAAAAACAAAGCAGUUGGAGUUAUGAAGCCUGGCCAUGUGUUCACCAUUGAGCCCAUGAUAUGUGAAGGCGGCUGGCAAGACGAGACGUGGCCCGACGGCUGGACGGCAGUGACCAGAGACGGGAAGCGCUCGGCUCAAUUUGAACACACCUUGCUGGUGACGGAGACCGGAUGCGAGAUCCUCACCCGCCGCCUCGAGGACAACGGUCGCGCUCAUUUCCUGAGUCAAGUGUAGACUAGAACCGGAACGCACCAAGGGACUGGACUUUUCCAGACACAUUGACGCUCAGCACGGCUGGGUCUCACAAACACACACACACACACACACACAUACACACACUUACACACAUCUCAAAACAAGAGGCACCACUCCUUUAGAGCUCAGUUUAACUGUGGUUCUCAUUGUUCUUUGAAUUAAAUAUCGGUCCCAUUAAAUGGAAGUACUUGAAUGUGUCUUAUAUCAAAUGUGGAUUGCUUUAUUGGUGAAGUGAUAGGAAGUAUUAAAGUAUUUAUAAAAUUGGGUUUUUCUUAGUCAUCAGGCCCUGGUCUGAACUCUGGGGUUGUGAUUUCACCCAGAGCUUUUACUGGCUGGCUAGUAGUCAUCUGUGGUGUGUGGAGCUCAGGGUAAAUUCAACUAGCUUCUUUUCUCUCAGCCUCUGCUAACUAAAUCAGACAUUAUGAAUUGACCAGAGAUGGACUUGAAAAGAAGAAGCAGUACUAGAGACAAAAGAGGCUUCCAGGAAACGGGGUCGACAAGUCGCACAAUCUCACCAAGUAGCAACUCACAACUUGUGUUACAGGUUCAGAAAAUAAAAAAGCUGGAAAAAAAAGUUCAGAUUUCAGGCAGCAAAAAGGCAUCCUUUCGCAGCCAUGUUGCUUAUCUUCACUUCUUGUUAAAGCAGCAGCAAUUAGGGAAGUUUCUUAAUGGUUAUUCUGAUUAAUACCAAAUAUAAAGCUGCAGUCUGGAGAUGAUUUUAGUUUAGCAUAAAGACUGGAAACAGCUAGACUGGCUCUGAAACCAGAACCUCUAAAGCUCCCAAAUUAAUAUGUAACAUCAAGUACAAAAAUGACAUUGUGGUUUUUAGGGGUGGUUGUGUGAGCUCAACCAAGAAAUGAACACCCUGACCCAUAAAAAUUAAUUAAAAACAGCACAUUCAUUAGUUGGAAACUGUUUCUCUUUAUUUCCAGUCUUAUGCUAAACUGAUGAAACAUAUUUUUGGCUGUAGCUUCAUGCUUAAUAUUGAGCUCUACUUUAUUUUCUGUUCUGGUUUUGAUAACUUGAAAGGCAAAUAAUCAUUUUGCCACAAGUCAAUGCUUCAGAUCAAUCUAAGCUGUUGGCUGCCUAAUAAUCAUAGCACCUGGUCAACUAUCAUGUUUACGGUAGAAGCAUUCUAUCCCAAUUAUUAUACCCUGAAGCUAUUAAUAGUGCUCAGCCAGAUUUCCAGUUGAGGACGUCAGCACCCGUUGGUUGCUAGGAGACUUGUGAUGCAACAGCAGAGCAUCUACGUACUGAAACUCUAAAUGAGAAAAUAACAACAUUGAACACAAAGCCGUUCAAGCGCUUGAACUUUUAAAAUCCUGCUCUAUUUCGGUGUCUCGUGUUUCAAAUAGCUCCUGAUGUAGCAAAUUGAGCCUUAAACGCGUCAAUCUAGGAGUUCAAACUUGCCGGAUGUAUCAAGUUAAACUGAUGUUUCCCCCUUUAUCUCGAUGGUCACCAUUUACUUUGAUGUGGGGAUUCUCUUGGUGUGAGCAUCAUUCAUUAUUUCUACAUUUUUCAGAGGACUAAUGUGGUCACAGUUUCUCUGCCAUCUUUGUAUUUCUUGGAGUAAUAAAUGACUCUUCUGUAGAUGUG